AGCCUUACUCUCUUGUGCUUCGCUCUCGCCGCAGAAACCCUAAUUUCAUCUCUUUCUUUUCUAUUCUACGCCUUCGGUUGUUGAGAGCCAGCGUAAUCCAUGGCGGACACUGAGACGUUUGCUUUCCAGGCUGAGAUCAACCAGUUGCUCAGCUUGAUUAUCAACACCUUCUACAGCAACAAGGAGAUCUUCCUCCGUGAGCUCAUCAGCAACGCCUCUGAUGCAUUGGACAAAAUCAGAUUUGAGAGCUUGACAGACAAGAGCAAGCUCGAUGCCCAGCCAGAGCUCUUCAUCCAUAUUAUACCUGACAAGACCAAUAACACUCUGUCUAUCAUUGACAGCGGUGUUGGCAUGACCAAGGCUGGUAAAUUUGGUGAACAAUCUUGGUACCAUUGCAAGGUCUGGAACCAAGGAAUUUAUGGAGGCAUUGGCUGCUGGUGCUGAUGUCAGCAUGAUUGGACAGUUUGGUGUUGGUUUCUACUCUGCUUAUUUGGU